AUUUUUAUUCUAUGAUUGUCUCAAUAGUGCUUUAUUUUGCUCUCGAAUAAAACCGAUCGUAAAUUGUUGAAUGUUGAGUCUGGAAGGCGUAAAAGCGCAAUUUUUUCUGCCCGAAAGGUGGUUUAAACUGUUUGGCACCCGAAUAUGGCGAUAAUCGCGUGUACAUCAGCUGCGGAGUGUAAAUAAAAUAACUUUAAACUUUAUUCGUACCCAACCGAGUCUGUUUUUUUUUUUUUUGUAAAUAAAAUGCUCUUCCCGUUGUGAUUUGCCGUCGAUUCAUUUCUUGUCGAACAAUGUGGAAGUGCCACAAGUGCCAGAAACCGGUGUACUUCGCGGAAAGGAAGCAUUCGCUCGGAUACAAUUGGCAUCCGGAAUGUUUAAGAUGCGAGGAGUGCGGCAAAAGGCUGAACCCCGGCCAGCACGCGGAGCACAAAGGAGUACCCUAUUGCCACGUCCCUUGUUACGGCGCGUUGUUUGGGCCCCAGCUAUUCGGACACGGCACUCGGGUGGAGUCCCACAAGAAUUUCGGGCAACACAAAGAUGCUUCCAAUAUUAACAAUAAACCUUUCCUUCCCAGGUCCACGUUGGAGUCAAAAAUUAAGGUGUACAACCAGUUCUUCGAGGGCAAAAGCGGCGAAAUACGCAGCAGGGAGGUGAACGGCCGCUAUAUCCUGGAAGGUUCCCUCAGGAUCCAUUGGGGCAUCCAGGGUGUGAUCCACCUCAAGGAGAACGACGACCAGAGAACGGUGGUGACGGUGAGGAAAAGGAACUCGUUCCGAAUGUCCAGUCCAGAAUACGACACGGACGACGAUAUCCGAAGCAUAUCGCGGGACACCAGCUUCAGCGACCUUUCCAGCUCUUCGACGGACGCCGCUUUGGACGUCAGCAAGUCGGACACAGGCAUAGAGAGCGGUACCGACUCUCUAGACUCGAACUUGAGCAACCCGCCCUCGCCUCACAAAGAGUCGCCCAAGAGUGUCACUUUGCCGUCCAAAUUGGACGUGAAAAAUAUGGAAUGGGACGAGCUGGACGAUCUGUUGCAAGUGGAACGGAAAGUGGAGGAAACCGAUAAGCUGUAUCGGACGAUGCCUGCGCCCCUACCUUCCCGGCUUAGCAGUGACAGCAGCACCGAAUCCGCCAGCUUCACCGUACCUUCGGACGAAUCUGUCACCCUUGGGGCGGCCCUUCGCUCUGACACCUUGACCAACGGCCUCAGUGACGAUAAGGUACCUCUGCUGGGCGACUCUUUCGCCAAGGACGACAGUUGGACGCUGACCAGCAACCACCUGAACCGGUCCAUGUCCGGUCCCGACUGUUUGGGUCGGGUCCGCGACGCCCACUCUCCCGAAUUGGACGCCAGCGUCGCGGCGUCCUCCGACUUGGACGACGAGGUGGUGCUGCGCAGGCCGCAGAAAAGCGGCUCGACCGCCAUACGGCGCAGACCCGGCAAAAGGCUGUCGAGGAGUAAGGUGAAGCGAAGGUGCUCGAUUAACGGCCACUUCUACGAUCGCGAGACGAGCUUCUUCACGCCCCCCUACGGCAGCCAGAUGAGCGUGUGGGUCACGUCGCUCGUCAACACCCAGGAAGUGAUCAAACUGAUAUUGGAGAAGUACAAGGUGGAAAGCGACCCGAACCAUUUCGCGUUGUUUAUCGUGCGAGACAAUGGGGAGCAGCGACGCCUGAAGGAGGACGAGUACCCGUUGUUGGCGAGGGUGCUGCUCGGGCCCCACGAGGACGUCGCCAAGUUGUUCCUGAUGGACGGCCACAACACGCCGGAGGUCAGCAGCGAGGUCGCGCAGUUCCUUAACCUGUCUUUAGUCGAGUGCCGCGCCAUUUUGAACCAGUACUACAGCCAGGAGGACCGGGAGGUGGCCAGGAUCAGAGAGAAGUUCCGGGAAAUGAGGAGGAGGAUCGUCCAUCGUCUGCAGGCGGGGGCGUGAGCAGGGUAGGAUUUAGUUGCCCUAUUUGUAAGUUUCCAGUAUCUUUUUAACGGUAUUUUUAUACGCAUACCCUAUACCUAUUAACAUUUUUUUCUUAUAUUUAUAUUAGAAAAUUAUACCAGUUUUUAAUGUUUUUUGUAUGAAGCACGAGUACGAAAUAAACGCCUUGAAAUGAA